AAGAUGCAACGUAUCGCAUACAUCUAACAUCUUGUUUAUGUCUCAGUCUUAUUCUGGCCGUUGUACCGAAAACUUCCAAAAUACAAUAUUUCGAAUAAACCAGAAAGGUUCAUUUGAAGAAGUUGAAGUUAACUAUAAAUAUUGUUGACCUGUAGCUUGCAUCCCAAUAUAUUUAUAUACUAUUUAUGUAAAAUGGAUUUUUCACGGCAGGAGGAAAAAACACAAGAGUACAAUAUUAUAAUAAUAGGUGAAACAGGAUCUGGAAAGUCAACGUUGAUCAAUUAUUUGACAAACUUUUUCCAUGGUGGUAACCUAAAUCAACUUAGACUCUCUAUUCCCUCAAAGCAUUACGAAGCAACAGAAGGUUUGAAUCAUUAUGAACAAAAUGUAGCCGAUACUUCAAAAAGUCAAACAAGUAAAUGUACUGAAUACAAUUUUCACAAAGAUGAACUAUUGUUUGGCUUCAUUGACACCCCGGGACUUUGUGAUACUGAAGAGACGAAUAACGAUGAGAAAAACAUUCUGGAAAUCAUGCAAACCGCAGUAGAGAAAGGAACUUUGGUGGCAAUAAUGAUCGUGGUGAAUGGAACACAAUCGAGAGCAACAGCCUGCCUACGUCAUGCGUUAGAUGAAAUGAAAAACAUGAUUCCAGAUAGUUUUUUGGGCAACAUCAUUGUUGUACUCACAAACUGCAAUCGAGCUACAGCAAAUUUCGAUAUAUCCCAGCUCAAACCUUGGCAAGUAAUCCAACAAAACCAAUUUCAUAUGAAUAAUUCCAUUCUCAGUAAGCCAGAGUCAGCAUGGAUAAAUGACCCAUACUUGAAAAAACAUAUAGAGGAGGAUUGGAAUGAAUCAAUGAAAACCAUUGGACGAAUGAUUGAUAGGCUCAAACAUUUAGGCUGUCAAGCUACGACUGCUUUUGAAAAAAUGCAUCAGCAGAGGGAUCAAAUCAUGUCAAAUCUCCAUCAUAUCUUAAAUCAUUUAGGAAAUUUACAAAAUCUACAAAAUGAGCUGGACGAUGCUGAAUUAAGUAAGCGGGGAAUUUUGAAGGAUAUUAAAAAAUAUUCAAAUUACAAGCAAACACGUGAAGUAGCAUAUACAGAAAUAGAGGAAUCGCAAUUUCUAAGCCAUAUCUGUGCAUCAUGCUCGCGAAUUUGCUACGAGGAUUGGGUAGCAAAAGCUUCACUGCGUGGAAGAUUCACUAAGAGAUUGGACGAUUGGUUAAAAUAUAUUAAAGGAAUAGCAAAGAGCUAUCUCACAGUGCUUGGAGAAAACUACUGUGACAAAUGUCAUUGUCCUGAUCAUGAGCAUUAUCAUGAUCAUAUGAAACCAGUCAAAAAAAUGAAAACCAUUGAAAAUAUCAUUGAUGAGAUAAAAGCCUCGCAUGACCAUUAUAUGCAGCGAAAUGUUGAAGUGGAUGAUAAAAUAAGUGAAUUGCAUGAUGAUAUGGCAGCAAUAAAAAUUGCUCUACAUCUUAAAGAAGCUGCCAUCCUAACCUGUUGCGAAGAACUAAAAGAAGUCUGCUCUCAGUUUAAUUUUGUAAAAGCGCUGAGCGGCAUAAUUGAGAUUUUGAAGAAAAGAGCCAGCAGCCUCCGGUAUACAUCAGCACGAAAUGAUGCUUAUGAUAGAAUCAAUAACAUAACACGAGUGUUUAACGACUUAUCAAGUGUUCAGUCCAAACGUAAAACCAUCUAACUCAUUACAUGGACCCGGCCUCAUAUAAAACAUGUAUCUACAAACGCAUAUUCAACAAUGACUUAAUCAGCAAUCUUAAUAAUACAACUACGAAGGACCAAUUGGACUGAAGAUGGCUUUAUCCGUAUGAUAUUAAUUCUUAGUUUAUCAUAAUAGAGUUUCUAAUUUAAUCAUUUA